AGGUCAAACUGUGGACGGCGAAACAAAUCCUAUCCUACCCUAUCGUCCCCCUCCCCAUUUCUUGCCACACCCGUGGGAACAGUAAUACCGCAACGUCAUCAAGUAAAUAUGUGCAGCAUAUUGAUUCUCUAAUAGUAUUGAUUCCCUUCUUCAGCUCCAAUUUUUUUGCUACUGGUCCUAUUAGAUUAUAUUUACCUCUUCCGUUUUUCUAUCUUUCCUUUUCCUAGGUAGGUUGGCUCCACCACAAGUAUUGACUCCCAUCCUAAAAAUAAAGAAUAAGAAAAAAUGGAGCGUCGACGAGCGUCCGAUUUACAACAACCCGAUGUCGGGAAGAUAUUGACGAUGCAGGCAUUGUUUACCGAGAUUGACCUAGUCAUCUUCAACGCCAAGAGUAUCUGGGCUGGAAGGUUUGAUGGGGUUAUGCACGAUGUACUACUCAAGAACAUACUCUUAAACUCCUAAUAGUAGGGUCUUCGAAUCUCGUGGGCAGAGUUCUUAACAGUGACACGCGCCUCCUGUGCAGAACAGCCGGGGAAAAGCACUCUGGCCAGCCUCGCGCCUGCUUGCGUGGUGCUUGCGAAUAGUGCCCAACCAAAGCCGCCUCGGCUGGCUGCAAAAUUCAGCGCUCCCGCGGAGUGCGCUCGCCCUUCCGUGUAGAAAUGAAGAACGCACACCCGUGGGCUGUUCCUUCACUGCGUCCAGACUGAAUGCACCACGCCGCCCCGCUGUGGUGUGACUCCCCGCGACCACUCUCGCAGAAAUGAGAGCUGACACGGGCGCCGGCCCCUCUCCUGGUACAAACACCGUCGCGCGUAUUAUUUCAGGGGCAAGCCUUUCAAAGCUUCCGUGGGUGACGGGGUCCUUCGUUUUGUGGUCAUGGGCUCGCCCACUCCGUCGCAGCGGCAUGGGGCCGCCCAGUCAGAGCGCACUCACAAAGCCGCCACGGCGCCGCCCCCGUGGGUGUCGGUCGAUGGUAGCAAACAGAGCGGGCGACGGCGUGCAUAGGUGGCGCGCCUCCGCUGCUUUUGUCGGGGUCUGCUGUGCGGGGCAGGUGAAGCGCGUGAAGCAGCGGGGGGGCCUUAUGUUAAUAGUUUCGCUGGCUCACUCUUUCGGGGAGGUAACUGAGCGGGGCUACGCGAGGGGCUGCCGCUGCGGUGCCGUGGGGACGGUGCAUGGUGUAGCUGUGUGGCUCUUUGUUUCUGCGGGCAGGGAGGGCGCCCCGUCUUAAUGAAACUCGAGUGCCACCUGGCUGGGCUUGUGUGUAGUUGUGUCUCGGGUGUCUGUGGGGGUGUGGCUUCCGUUGGAUUGUUUGAAGGAGAGCGGAACCCGAAGCGGGUGCUGCCGGGUUUUGCAGGCUCGGGGUAAUACAUCGAGGGAGAACGUGGGCACCUUGGUUGGAACUACCUGGAGGCGGCUCUGGGGUGGGGGGCCAGCCUCUCUCGCUUGUUGUGCUUUUUCUUUGUCGUUGCUCGUUUGGUCGAGUUCGGUUGGCUUCGCUUAUGCUUUUUCGUGGAGGGCGCGCGCGUGUUGCCUACGGGGCAACGCAGUGCACCAGGGGACCCGCCAAAGCUUGCUUCGGUGUAGCGUUUCUUGAAAAGCUAGGGGGUGCCCCUGGGUGAGCGGGCUGGUGUGCGUGCUAAGGGGUGGCGGGCUUUUGGGGGAUUAUAGUUGUAAACAUCGGGAGCCUUUUCGGAAACACGGAUCGGAAGGCCUUGCCUGGUCUUCUCUGUCUCGGGUGCUCUUCGGCUGCUGUUGUGUGUCUUAGGUAAUGGCGCCGCGGUGCUUUUGGUUGGUGUGGGUCGUUUGCUUCUCGCAAGGUAGCGCCUUGUUUGCGCCGUCGUUCGUUGUUGUCGCUGGGCCGUGGGUGAACUCUCUUCCCCUGGCUAGGGCAGCUACCUUCUUCGGUGGUGGACCUGCCUGCGGAGUUGAUUCUUUGUUCUAAAGCCAUGAGAGCGCGCGGCGCUUUGCGGCUUCUUUGUGAUUUGGGGGGGUGACUGCUUUGAGCGGCGUGAGGUGGUGUCGCCUUCUUGUUCCUUGGGGGCUGCGUCGAAGCCGAGGGAACUUGCUGGCGCUGGUGAUGCUUAUGCUAUUGCUCCUAAAAGGAGAGAAAGUAAGCCCAAGCAGGCGGGGGCCUCUGGGGUGUGUGCUGAUAGAUUGUAGCUGUUGUCUUUUUUUUUUGGUCUUCUUUCGGGCGUCGUCGGUGUCAUGUCUUUCAUCCGCAAGCAGCUCAGCGGGGGGGCAGACGCAGGCCAGCGCGAGACCAUCAAAACGCAGAAGCGCCCAUGGGCAGGGCAAGGGGUUCUGGCCUCGCGUCGUGGUUCGUUUUGCUUUUUGGUGUGUGUUUUAGAGCUUAUACCCCUCGCUGCUCUCUGGUGUUGGUUGGGCAACUUAUGGAGGACGAGGGAGAAGCCAAGCGGGGGGCACAGCUUGAACCCCGGCGCCGCCGCUAGGAGGGCGCCGCGCCUUCACUUUUCUGGGGCUUGUCGGCUCGUUCGCAUUUGAGAGCCGCUGCUCCGUCGAUCGCUCGUGGGUGUGCCCAGUGAGGGGCACAGGUGGCGCGUGGUCCGUCAGGUUUGCGCUGCGGCGUGCGGCUGCUUGGUGUCGCAGGUUCUGCAGCGGAGUGGGGCAACUUGUGUCGGGGCUUGGCUGGGCUUUCUUUCGGAGGUGGGGGGUGCGCUGUGUGUGUAGUGUUCUGCGGCUCAAAAUGGGAGGCGAGUGGCACUCACUGCCUUCCACCUUUGGCGCGGCCCAGUGCUUUCGUCUUCUGUGUUGCAUCAUUGGAGUGAGACAGGGGCGCCAUGUGCGGGGCUUCUCUUCUCUUUGUUUUCGGGGCUUGUUGGCUAUGGUAUUGGCAUCACCAUGGAGAUGGAGGCACCCAGAAGGUGCUGCUGAUUGAAACGAUUGCGAAACACACGGCGCGGCGCGCUGGCUUGGGUGCGUGGUGUGUGUCUGUUGUUCUGACUUGUGGCAGGCUGUCGGCCACUCUACUUUUGUGAGCAACGUGCUCCCCUUGGUCGCGCUGGUUAUGCUGGCGGCUUGGUGGUCGGGUGCAGGUAGUUGGCAGCUGCUUGCCCAGGUUCAUUCUCAGGCCUUGGCUGCCCUCCUCCGGGUAGGGUGCAGCAAAGUGAACCAGCGCAACAGGCAACAGGCGCGCAAAGAUGGGGCCACGUGCUUGCUUUGUUGGUUCUGUCUGUGGGUGUCCUCGGUUUGCGUGGGUGGGGUCGCUCUUUUUCUUGUGUGUCUGCCUCUCUGGCAGUAUGCAGAGCGACGGGAAAGGAACGGGGGGCCAGGCAGCUCGCCUGGGUUUCUGCCUUCGUUCUAUAGGCGCGCGCACUGCGCGUGUGCUCCUGUUUUUCUGCCUUGUUUUUGCAGGCUUUUCUGUGCAAGAAAAAAAGAGGCGCGCGCAGCGCGCUCUUCUACUUUUUUUGGCUUUUUUCUAAGUGGAAAAUUAUAUGGUGAAAGCUGUCCCCCUCUACAUUCUUGGGGCGACUACCCUCCCCCUUGGAAAUUGCUUGGGUGUUCGGGGGGUCAAACUGCCCCCAUAUCGCGGGGGGGGUUUUCAGUGAAAACCCCCCCUGCGAUAUUGUGCGAAAGUAGCCCCGGAACGCGUUCUCUUCAAGGAACUGCGUUCCGGGGCUACUUUCGCACAAUAUCGCGGGGGGGGUUUUCACUGAAAACCCCCCCUGCGAUAUGGGGGCAGUUUGACCCCCCGAACACCCAAGCAAUUUCAAGGGCGGAGGGUAGUAGCGCCAAGAAUUCAGAGGGGGAAGGCUUUCGCGCGUCAAGCUUCUCACUUGGAAAAAACAAAAAAAAACUAGGGGGGCGCGCUGCGUGCGCUUGGUUUUUUUCUGCAUGUAAAACGGAGCCCGCAAAAAAAGCGCGCGGAUGGAAAAACAGAAGCGCGCGCUGCGCGCGCGCGGCUUGGUGUCGAAAUGACCAAGCAGGCGCGGGUGGUGUGUGUGGUUCUUCUUUUCUUUUGGUGUCUAAUAUAGUAUGCAGAGCAUGUCUUUGCUCGCUUCUGUCUUUAAAAAUAUACGCUGCGCAGCUUUUGCAGCAGGCCCCUGGCACAAGCUGGCAGCUGGGGCCGCGAGUGUGGUCAUUUCGGUGCGUGAGGCAAAAAAUUUAAGCAGGGGGCAGGGGUGUGGCUUGUUUGUGGCCGGUGUUGGUAUCAGUUCCACGCGCUGAAGCGGAUGGCGCGUGUCGUGCUUGUUUCUGCAAAGAAAAAAGCAAACAGAAACACAUGAGCCGAAGGACCUGGCGCCGGCCCCUCGCUGUCGUGGCUUUCAUCUUGCUAAGGCAGUGACUUAGGAGCGAACGAGGGAGGCGUGCCGCAGCUUGGGCCACUCACGGCACUGGCUACUGAGAUUAAAAACGAGAGGCGCUUGCUUUUUGCUUCGGGUGCGUGGGAAGUAGUUACUGGCGGGCGCUGUUUGUCUCGUAUUCGUUAUGGCUCGCACCUGUGCAGCUUGGGCGUACUUGCCUAGUCAUGACACACCGGAGCCAGCAAAGCGCUGGGUGCUUUUCUCUGUACAUGUCGGGGCGUGAAAAUCUGGCGCAGGGUAGGGGUGCUUCUUGUUUUAAUCUAAGUAAGUGAGGCUGCCUGCCCAUGGGGUGGGGCCCCCUCUUCUCUGUGUCGUCAGGUGAUUGCCAGUGCGUUUCUCGCUGUUUGUUCGUGUGAGUGAGUGGCCAGCCCUUGGGGAGUGCUUUUUAGCUCGAUGAAGCUGGGGGCGGCGGUGUGUGUGGGUGGGUGUGUCUUUGGGAGGUGUGGUCUUCGUUCCUUCUCUCUUUGUUUCGCGGAGGAGCUUCGCGCCAUGCGUGUUGGCUUGCUGUCUCGGUCGUUCUUCAGUCAUAUUAUUAAUUUCGCUCCCGGCUCGAUUUUGCUGUUAGGUGGUGUCUGUUUUCUGUGCUGUGUGCAGGUCGUCUUCGCUGCCGCUCGCUGUUGGAUGGGGGGCCUCGCUUUGUUUCGCGUUGCAACUUGUGAAGGGGUCCCCGCGCAGGGUUGUGUUGUGUGGGUGAAUGGGGGAGGGCGCGUGGCGGGCACUGGGUCGGCGCUUGGGUCGAGGGCUUCGCCGCUGUGCCUUUUCUUCUGGCUUGGGAUGUUUGGCUGGGUGAUUUUUGUCGCCGAUGAUAAGUGGGUCGCCUUGGUUGUUAUGUCUGGAGCCUUGCGGGCCGUCAGCACUGCCGGCGCCCUCGUUUCAAACGGGGCGGGUGCCAAUGUUAACUGCGUGCGUGAGUGUUCGUUCAGUCAUGCAGCUUUGUAGGCUGACCUUGAAGCCCCAUCGGUCGCUGGGGUGGCUGGGUGAGCUAUUUCCGGCCUCUGACUGCUUUUGCUUUCGCUGGCUUCGUCUAUCUAAUUCGAAGUGGGGUGGAGGUGGUCCCGCGAUUAUGCUCUUCGGUGCGCUGCACCGGUGGCCGCGUGCGUGGGCGGGCGGGCAGUGUGUGAGUUCUCGUAGGGUUCGACGGUGGUGCCUUCUCCUUUUUUGCUUCGGUUUGGCGGGCAGGCUUGUGCACCUUGGAGCCGCCUUUCUUUGUCGCUGUGUUGGGUUUGUGAAUGACUCCUGGGGGCCCCGGCUGCUCUUCCUUCUACUCGUGUCUGCUGUUUGGUCUCUUCGUCCUUUUUUGUGGGCCUUUCGUUCUUUGUUUUUUGUUUGUCGGCUGGCUGCGGCGCCCCCCCGCGCCCGUCGACUAAAUUGAAAGUGAGAUUCGCUCGCUCGGGUGCCCGUGGGUGCGUAGCGUGCGAGGCUGCGUCGGUUCGCUGUGGCAUGGGUUGUUUCGCGUCGGGCUUGGCAGCUUUUGCUCCACUCGUUUCUCCGUGUCUAUGCCCUGCCUGGCAGGCUUUUCUUUUCUGUCUAUUGGUGUCGGCGCUCUGUCUCGUUCGGAUAAGGAAGAGAGGGAGACCGACUGACGGGGGGGGCCGCUUUUUGUCAUUUCGGUCGGGGGACUAGGGAAGCGGCGGCGCCGGCUCUUCUUUAGGCGCGGGCCGUCCUCGGUGUCUUGUGCGUGGUUGUUUGGCAUUGUUUUGCUUUGUGGCAGGUGGCGGCGUGGCUUGUCGGCGUGCGGACGCGGGGGGGGGACCAGCGCAGCUUCCCCGCCGUGCGUGCGGGUGCUGUGCGUGGUAAGUGAUGGCUGGCCCAAGCAAUGGCGUGAGAGAGGGACCAGCCGGCCCCUCUGUCUUUCCGCUCUGUCUUGCGUGCAGCUGCGUACUUGGGCGGCCGGUAGUGGAUGGCGCUUCUUUGCCAGGUAGCGGAUGCGUCCGCGGGGUCUUACGGUUAUUCUGGCAGCUUGGUCUUUGUCGUGGCAGCAAGGUGCGCGGGGGGGCCGUGCUAAAUUGAUUCGUUGCGUGUGGCUGUGGUCUCUCAUUGUUCGCGCCCAUAGCGGGGGCUGUAAGUAGGGGAAGCAAGGUGGCGCAACUGCAGCAGCCCGCCCGCCCCGUCGCCGGAUAAUUGCGGGCGGCGAUUGGUGUGGCGUGUGUGUUUCGGAUGUUGUGUUCUGCGCAGGUGGGGAGCAAUGGGUGAGCAAUGUGAGAAGGCGCGCCGCCGGUCGUGUUCGGGCUCGGGGAUAUGUGACAAAGCAAGGCGCCGCGGGCGGGGAUCCUCGGCGGCUUACUUUUUCAGGCGAGCGCUUUUUGCGCUGCAUGGUGCGCGUCGCACUGACAACUCUGCCGCUGGCGAGAGUGAAACGCGAAGACCCUCUUAUUAGGCUAAUCAGCACACCUUAGUAACCGAGUAAGAGUAUGCAGCUGCUAGGAGAUUAUUCCCUAGCUGCAUACAAUGUUCGCUCAGGUCUCCUUUUUCGAAUUUGAAAUAGUCUAAUUAUUAAUUAUACCAAAUCCUAAAUCUAGUCUAAUAGGAAAACGAAUUUCCGACAGCGCGUGCCUGGCAGAGUGGAAGUGCACUGUGGAGAAGAAAGCACUUUUGUAUCAAUUCUACGAAAUUGUCUAUGUCUUGGUUUGAGUUCCGUAGAUCAUAUAGAAAGCUUUUUUGUACGCACUUGUGUGUCCGCCGCAGACUUGUCUUACUUUGAGUCUAAGUAGUUGCAUCAUCAACACAAGGUGGAAGUCGAAGUUUUGGGCAUGCCAUAUUAAGGUUGAGGAAUUACGAAUCUUCAGAAAUAGAUGAGUGUUAACGACUCUCCUGAAAACUUAACUUGUUCAUGAAUCAUGAUUCGUUUCAUCUGUACUUCUCUAUCCUUUACCUACUAUCCUUCCUUUUUCUUUUCCUAGUUAGCUUGGCUCCACCCAUAUAUUAUAAUGAAUAGAAGUUCCAUGAUGUUCGUGAUUUCUCCCACGACCUCCACACGCACCACGACAGGUCCACCGCGCCAUCCUAGGAGAUAAUCCUUCCUUUACCUUUCUUCCGCUCUCACCCGUUGCACGAGGAGCAACCAAUUGCAAUACUUAUGGAUGAAUUGAAUUAAGUUUUAACUAUAUACUACAAUAUGUAUCUGCAGCACUUUUCUAUCCUUUACCUACUAAAUCUUUCCUUUUCUUUUCCUAGUUAGUUUGGCUCCACCACCCAUAUAUAUCACAUCAAUAGAAUAUUAAACGUGAACGUACUUAUAAAAAUACCAUCAAUUAUAUCAAACGUGGACGAAUAUUUUUAGCAUUUCCCAGGGAGCAUUUGUCUACUAGAUGUAGAUUACACUCAUCUCCAGCUUCAAAGCAUAUUUGAACUCAUCCAGGCUUCGGCUUCCUCUAAAACACAGCAGAAGCGUUCUGCCAAGUGCCGACGAAUCACUUUUCUACGGUGAUGUUCUACAUGAAGUUGCGCUUCCUCCUCCGUCUCCACAGUGCCCUGUGCGAACUGGAUAACAAUUAUUGUAGUCUCUUACGGCAAGAAUGUUAGCUGAGUUUUUAGAUAACAAUUAAAUACUGUAGUCUCAAAAAAAAAAAGUGUUGAUCUUCAUGGGUGAAAAACAUGCAUCAAGCAAGAAGAUCCAGCUUCUUCUUGAUCAUGCGCGUCGAAAAUAGAAAGUGGAAGUAGAAAAUCAUGAUCACCACGAGGGAACUCUUACUUCGUCUUCUAAUGCAAGCAGGGACGAUCCAGGGGAUGCACGCCCUGGCAGUCCAAGAAUGCGAACGCUGCCCAUCUUAAGGCCCGUCGUCCACUAAGUAGUAUCCGAAUCCGACUCAAGAACAGACGAUUUAUUCCACGGAGUUUUAUUUACAUCAUUUAAAAGUUAGAUUUUUCUAAGUCUCCGACAACCAAUUUGAAGUUCGAAGGAAGAAGCAGACCUAUGAUCCUACGCAGGUCGUGGACGACUUGUUUGAGCAGCUGGAGAGGGGUCUAGGCAAAGGCUACGAGACGUUCAUGAACUAUGUCAUGAGCUGCGAUCCGAGGAAAGCUUUGAUGGUACAACAACUUGAUACUUUUUUUUCAAAACAUACAACUUCUGCUGUUCCCGUCGCUCAUUAGGCGUCCUCUCCCAUCCCCAUGGCCGUUACUUUUGCUGUGUGUUUCCACGUUGAUCUUCCUCUCCAUCGUCAUUAUCUCCCAUGCCAGGUGAACAAGCACGACGUGCAUAUUGCCAGGGUGCGAUAUAAUGACAGGAUAGAGGUCAUGCUGGAGGAGAUAUUUGUAUGAUGCCGCUCAUUGAGAACCCAAGUCAUAGGGGACGAAUGCCUUUCCACCUAUUCGAAAACUCAAAAUAAGCGAGCUACUGACUGAAAUAAGAGAGUCUUGACUACAUUCCUCUUCUUUCAGUAUGAUCUCCCUUAUUUUCAUUAGUUACUCGGUUAUUUCAGAAGUUUUUCGAAAUCGAAUAAGUAAAUAAGAAAAAUAUUAAGAAGGGCCACCUAGUACAAGAAGUACUAGUAGCAGUACUAGUAGCUAGUAGCUAGUAGUAGUAGUAGUUUGCUACUAGCAGUAGGAACCACGGCAUUCCCAUUCCCUUAUCUUCGACUACAUUGUCACUCAAUGAGGUGAAUGAAGCAUUCAAUAUUUUUGGCGUACUACUGCGACCUACCAGCGAAGACGCAUAGGGUAUCGGAAAUCUUGAGCGACAUAGAGGCUUUCUCCUUGCCAGUUCCGAGGAUACCACCACUAAAAUGCAACUAUGUCACAGCGUUCAUGCAGGCAACUAGUGGCGGAACGAGAUGUAAGAGGUACUAGUAACUUCUACAUAGUCGUUGUUAACCUUGAGAUGUUGAGAAGGCAAGUGGUUGUACUUCUACAUAGACAAAAUCCUCAAAAGUGACCUCUUGCCAGGCACCUCAAUCAAUCAAUCAAUCAAUCAAUCGACGAGUCUGAUGAAAAACGAGGAUCAUGUAAGACUAAGAGGUACCUUAAAAUGUAAAUAGUGCACUAGAACCUUUCCUCGUCAUUCAGACUCGUCAGGCACAUCAGUCAAUCAAUCGACGAGUCUGAAUGACGAGGAAAGGUUCUAGUACACCGUUUACAUUUUGGGGCACCUCUUACAUCCUCGCUUUUCAUCAGACUCGUCGAUCUGAUGAAGAAAAACGAGGAUCAUGUAAGAGGUACCUUAAAACGUAAUCGGGGUCGGUGUAGAUGUACUAGAACCUUUCCUCGUCAUUCAGACUCGUCAAACUUGUUCGCAAAACCUCGGAUCUCUUUUUACCGUCCUCACGACCUCUUGCUAGGCAAAUUGAUUCAUUCACUCUUACAGGGAAAAGGGCGCUCAAUUCGAAGCGUUGCACAUGGUAGCAAACCUGGAUUUAGAAGAAUUAGGCGAAUUCGAGUCCGAGGACAGUAGGCCUGCAGAAAAUGUGACGCAUUAUAGGUAUGGCGUCCUCUUAGUAAUACGAAGUAAGGAUUAAGCUCCUCGUCCUCGUAGUAAGGAUUUAGCAGAGUAGGUUAAAGGUGCUAUUGUUACCGUUUAUUAAGCAGGGUAGGUUAAAGGUGCUAUUGUAGUUACCGUUUAUUAAGCAGGGUAGGUUAAAGAUGCUAUUGUUACCGUUUAUUAAGCAGGGUAGGUUAAAGGUGCAGCUUUUGUUAAUACCGUUUGUUAUGGCUCUCCUAAGGAGGACAGCCAUAACAAGCGGGAUAAACGAACACCAAAAACCUACCUCUAAAGGGAGUACUGGGAACGUCGUAGAGUAGAUCGAGAGGUGGAAUUAUGAUGACUGUAGAAGAACAAGCCUCCACGUAGAAAACAGCUGACUGGAGAAGAACAGCAUCAAUCCUCUAACUCGCAAAGAAGAAAGUUCCGAUGAGCCUGUUUCCGUGUAUUUUCAGCAUUAUAGUUAAGGCUUCGUCGUCCCCUGGGAAAAUAAAUGGUCCAUCUACUGCAGGGAAGGCAUGAUCCUGGGAGAGACGUUCUCAACCGGAGAACGGUCUACUCAGGAUGGACUUGGUUCCAGAUGGACGAUGAGAAGAGGGUGUUGCGCUCUAAUAUAGGCCACAAGCUCAUCUUCCGAGAGGGUAUAAGGGAACGACUCAUAAACGUGGUGAAGAUGCGGUACGAUUUUUAAGGCUCCCUAAUUAUUGUCCGUCUUCUUCAGAGAUGAAGUCAUCCUUCCUAGGAGAGAGGCUUUUCUUUCUUUCAAGGGGAAAGAAAAGGCACCCUGCGGAGCAGGCUGUACCAUGUCCUCAAUCCAGGAAAUAUCAUGUCAAGAAAAAUUCAGAAAAGGUAUCCUCCAGCAGCAGAAUGUGGUUGUAUCUCAUCUUCUCGAGAUGGACUACUAGCAAUAGGUCUAAUAAGAUAUAGAUAAGAUAAUAGAUCUAAGUCAUAAGAUAUAGUCUAUAUCUUAUGACUAAGUCAUCAUAUAUAGUACCCUCUAUUAGAGGGUUCUAAGAUACAGACGAGUUCCUAUUGGCAAGAUUAGACGACUUGGGCCAUAUCAAUUUGGAUAACCGACUUCUGACCGAGGAUCAAAUGCAUCGAAUAGUGAUGCAAGAAAAGGAGAAGCUGUGCCAAUGGUUUGAAGGUACGUUGCACUUCUAUUGUAGUUAAUACUUGAGUAUGCUCUUUUUUUCUUGUUUUCCUAGUAUGAUCUUCUUGUUUCCUAGUUAAUACCUAUGCUCUUUGUAGUUAAUACUUAUGCUCUUUUUUUCCUUUUCUUGUUUCCUAGUUAAUACCUAUGCUCUUUGUAGUUAAUACUUAUGCUCUUUUUUUCUUGUUUUCCUAGUUGUAGCUGCCAAACUCAAAAUAACCGAGUUACUGAGUGAAAUAAGGGAGCUAGCUUAACGCCAAGUGGGUGCUCUUCCUUCUCGUCAGUAUCUCGCUUAUUUUUAGUAGUUACUCGCUUAUUUCAGUUUUUCGAAUAGUUAACACUUAUGCUCUUUUUUUCUUGUUUUCCUAGUUGUAGCUGCUACCUUUUUACUUGUAGUUGUAUGUUCGUUAUGCUUUUUUUGACCUCCACCUCGUCGUCAUCGGUACUAGUAAACAAAUAAAGACUCUUCAACUUCUUGAAUGAUGGGUCUCAUUCAACUUGAAUUGACGUGAAGAUGGUGACGUAAUGGAGAUGGAAGCACAGAGUUGUAGCCGUUCUACUUGUCAAACUGGAUAUGCCACAUGGAAACCUCUACUCAACACGACGCAUGAUCAACAACAUCAAUUUCAAAUCAAGCAAUCUCCAAGAACACUAUGCUGCUCCCCAACGACAGAUUACUUCCAGUCGACGUUGCCAUUCUUGCAACCCUCUGUGGUCGGCAUAGAGAGGGAGAAAGAGCCUCGCUAUUGGCACACUACGGAUGCGACCGAUGACCAUCACAUUCCGAGACCGAACUAUCAGCGGACGGAGGAAGACAGGUUUUUCAUCUACACGAAACCACCUUCAACGGCGACGAUGAAGAACAAGUCGAAACCGCAAUUCGUCGUGCCAAAUGUGAACUCGCCAUUGGUGAAAGACCAGCAAACCGCGAUGCUGAAAACAACAGGAUUCUUCAAUAGGGAAGAAGGAGCGUGCAUAUGAGUGGUUGUCGCCGAUGAAUGGCCUGCGCCUGCUCACGAGGGCAUCUAGUCCUAGAAGCUCUCGAAGCAAUUGUGAUGCAUUAUUUGCAGUCUACUUAUAUUUUUGGUAAAAAUUGAUUCUCAUUCAUUUGACAAAAAAGUAAAUAAACGGGCGAAAAAUAUUGUCCUCUACUUCACUGCACCAUGAUCAGUAAUUCCAUUUUACUCACUUAGACCAAUAAUUCAACCAUAUUAUUUACUCAUGCGAGACUUCCAUAAACACCUAGCGGUCGCGACAGGAUAAUUUGUAUGCGACACAUUGAUAUUGCACAGAAGUGGUUCCCCAAUGCACAGAGCAAAUCCCGAAGUAAUAAAUGCACAGAAAUGAAAAACUGCCAUAGUAUAAUAUAGACUUCGUGUCCAUAGUCAAACGCCACUUAGUCUUAGAACAUUGCUCAACAGUUUAGAUAAUAGCCAUAGUACCACUACUACAACAGUUGUAAACCUCCAGCUACGUGGUCACAUUCAUCACAAUCAAUGUCUUAUAUUGCUGUAGAACUAGAAGUCGGUGACUACAACUACUCGAAAACUGAAAAUACCCGAGUAAGUGACUGAAAUAUGGGAGGUAGGUAGGUUUGACAGGGCUCCUCUUCCUUGUUCAGGCUUAACUGUGCUUAUUUCAAGUAGUUACUCGGUUAUUUCAGUUUUUCGAAUACAUAUCUUCACAUGAAAAUGUAGAUCUUCUUUUUGAAAGUUACAACUAGCACACAAAGCAACUAUUAUUUCGGUUUCGGAUACAUGAUCACAAGAACUGGAUAAAUGCCAGCAUAGAGGCAACAAUCAGAUUUAUUUACCAAAGCCGGAUAACGCUGUAAUCUUCAUGUAGUUAUAUUUAUACAAUUCGACGAGGCAUAAGACCAAAGAAGUAGAAGUGUGACAAGAACAAAUACACGUUUUGGAAGUCAACAGGGAUUUAGAGAGCUAAAGUAUUACUCCAUUAUACUUUUUCGGAAGAAUCAAGUAGAAAUGAGAAAGCAUCCAAAUGAACAGCAUUAACAACAGGUGAGAACGUAAGUUCGAGAGGGACAACACAAG